AUGCCAAUGGGUAUGCUGCCCAUGCGCUCAUUGCGCCUGAGGUCUAGUCAUCUGGAAAUCACAAAUAUCCUUCGUGGUCGUGCUGCUGCUCGGUCGAGACAAUGCUAUCGGCCGCUUCAUGCACCGCGGUAUUUCCAUGCUCGGGCUUGUUUGCAGCAGGAGCCUCCUAAGGAGCUGCCAGCUUUCUUGGAGGCUUACAAACGGGCUGUGGACUUCCCUCCGGCGACUCAUGAUUUCGAGACCUUCUUCGCCCAGGCUGAGCCAAACACCGAAGUAGUGCUUCACGGAUAUCUCGGUCAGCGCUCUGAUCUUUCCAAGAAAUUGUCGUUCGUGCGCUUGUCCGAUCCCACUCUGCAACAUAGCCUGCAAGUCGUCGCAUUUGCCAAGAACAAUGCCUUAGAGCAACUCAAAGCCCUCAAUGCAAACAGCCCCGUCGCUGUGCGCGGCACUGUACAAAAAAAGAAAUCCAAAGCCUCGGAGUCAGCCGAUAAACCUGCCGAGGACUCAUGGGAGCUCGCAUUGGAGGAGAUACAUGCUCUAAAUGACUUCCCCAAGGAUACCAUUAUGACACCCGAAACGGUCUUCCCGCCUGAGCAGCGAUACCUGCAGCUGCGCUCGGAUGCAGAGCUCCGCGAUGCACUGCGGUUCCGUGCUCGUGCUCAUAACCUUUGCAAGGAAGAGCUUGAAAAGCAGUCUCCGCCGUUUAUGGAGAUUGAGACACCGCUCUUGUUCAAGUCUACGCCUGAGGGUGCGCGCGAGUUUAUUGUUCCAACUCGUCGUGAGGGGCUAGCUUAUGCUUUGCCUCAGAGUCCGCAGCAGUAUAAGCAAAUUCUCAUGGCAAGUGGGCUACCGCGAUAUUAUCAAUUUGCGCGCUGCUUCCGCGAUGAGGAUUUGAGGGCCGAUCGUCAGCCGGAGUUUACGCAGCUUGAUAUGGAGAUGUCGUUUGCUACUGGCGAGGAUGUGAUGCGGACAAUUGAGGGGGUUAUUCGUCGACUUUGGUCGACUUUGAUGAAAGACCCUGCACCAGAGGGCCCGUUCCGAAAAGUCUCAUAUCAGGAAGUCAUGGCCAAGUAUGGCUCUGAUAAGCCAGACACAAGAUAUGGCAUGGAAAUCAUCCGAAUUGAUCAACUUCUGCCUGUUGAUUUAAUUGGAAAAAUCUCUGACCUGGAGGAUCCUAUCGUGGAGGCUUUCAAGGUGGAAGGAAACGAGAAUGAUCCUGCCGAAACCCACAAAUUUAUCAGUCAAUUCCUUGACUCGCCUGCCGGUGCGCCAUUCAACACCAACCCGGACGGUGGCCCAGGUGUCUUCAUCUAUAACGGCAAGCAGCCUCUGUGUGGACUACAGCCUUUCGGCUUCCAGGCCGCUGAGCAUGUUGAGGAGCUGUUAGACCCAGACCACGGCGACUUGAUCAUUCUCCAGGCACGACCUCGAGCUCCCUUCUCUGGCGGCUCAACUCCUAUUGGUGACCUGCGUCGUGCACUACAUGCGUCAAGUGUCUCGACAGGCUUCAAGUCCGCCCCUACAGGCUUUGACUUCCUCUGGGUUGUCGACUUCCCUCUGUUCUCACCCUCUUCUGACUCAGAGCCCGGCCAGGGUGGUGCAGCAGGCAUCUCCUCAACACAUCACCCCUUCACCGCACCGAAGACCCCCGCCGAUGUCGACCUCCUCCUCACAGACCCUACACAAGCCGUGGCUGACCACUACGAUCUAGUCGUGAACGGAGUCGAAUUGGGCGGUGGAAGUCGGCGUAUCCACGAUGCAGCAGUCCAGGAGUUCAUUUUCCGCGAUAUCUUGAAGAUGCCAGCAGAACGAUUGGAAGACUUCUCACAUCUGCUCGAUGCUCUGCGUUCCGGGUGUCCGCCACAUGCGGGUCUUGCAUUGGGCUUUGACAGGCUCAUUGCUGUCAUGCUGGGCAAGGAAUCUGUGCGGGACGUGAUCGCUUUCCCAAAGACCGGACGAGGAGGCGACGAUGCCAUGGUCGGCGCACCUAGUCCCAUGACCGAGCAAGCAUUGGAGACCUAUCACCUGAAAUUGAGAAAGUAG